CCGUUACGUGGAAAGCAUGGAUCACGAAAGGUUUGCUUUCACAAAGCGUAAGGGAAGAAAUCCAGACCGAUGGUGAAGAGUUUUCCUCAGUCGGCCUCCUAUCGUCACCGCAAGGGACUACUUCACCAAUUCCUUCUGUCCCCAAAUAAAUCCAGCCCUCUCCCACCGCCCAAUAAACCGCCUGCCCUGAGGGCUGAGGCCUUUACUAUGUAUGGUGUGUGCACAAUGCAUCGACAAUCGAGGCCGGCCUAUUCGUCGCGUUUACACCACUCCCGCCUUUGUUGAGAUCUGGGACGUAGGAGACCAUCGAUAUGCGAGCGUGACACUGCAUGAUCGAUGGGAUCGGAUGCCUAGGCAAGUCGCUACGGUUCACAGCAUCUGCCACCGGAAGUCUUGCUGGGUCGAAAUAUCACCCUUUCCUCGCAAUCGUGCCCCCCUCAACGCGGGAGAAUCGCGAUCGGCAAAGCCCUUAGAGAUGAAUGCCGCUCCGAUUUCCGCCAUCGGUAUUCGGUGGUUGGCUGGUGUCGAUCCAAUAAAGAACAUCUACAUCCAUGCGCUCCGAUGCAGCUCUUGUUAUUAAUACUUGAUAGGGGCUGGGUGUUUGGGGAUCCGAUAUGGCAUCACAAUCAGUUAUCAGACCUACCUAGAUGGCGUAUGCAAACGGAAUAGGACCGGGUCAGGGUCCGCGGCGGA